CGCCAUCCGAUCGGGUUAAUCCCAUCAUUGGUGCUUUCAUUGAGAUUAACUGUGAGAUAAGGCUGUGAGAUUAUGGCCGGACGAAGGACGAGACGUAACACCGCUACUUCCGCCCAGUCGACGGUGAGGAGUGACCACCCUGAGCAGGGUAUCAUCGUUCCUGUCAAUGGGUUGGAGACAGCGUUGAAUAAUGUGGCUAACAUGAUGGCCAACAUUAUGGAGCAAUUAGAUAAGGCUCUCCCUGGUCCGUCCGGUACCCGGGAUGUCCCUGCCGGGCAACCCCGCCAGGUUCUGCGUACUGGAUUCAAGAUGCCAUUCGUUAAGCUUCAUGAUGGGGAGUCGGAUCCCCAGGAACACAUAAACAACUAUGUCCAGGUGAUGAUUGCCGUUGAUGCCAGCGACGCAUUGAUGUGCCGAUGCUUCUUGCAGACGGUGGAUAGCAAGGUGGCAGAUUGGGUGAAUCACAUUCCUGCCAGAUCGAUCCGAACAUGGGAUGAGUUGGGUUUGCGGUUCCUAGAACAUUUCGCAGGGAACUGCCGACCCAAGAAGCAUUUCACUCACCUGGCUUCAAUACGGCAGAAGCACGAAGAAUCCUUGAAGAAUUUCCUGAUACGGUGGAGGAAAGAGUCCAGGGAGGUUGAAGGAACCGACGAUAAAUCCAGGUUGGCCAUGUUCACAGCGGCAUUACAGGAUGGUCUCCUUCAUAGUGAUCUUACAACUCAUCCCCCGGAUACCUUUGAAGAAGCAAUGGUCUGGGCAGGAAGGUAUAUUACCUUGGAGGAAAGAAAGGAGGAAAAGAAAGAGAAGACUCCCAGAGAAGAAGAAAAGGUGGGAAACAAGAAGCCUUUCAAGAACAAAAAGCAGGGCUUCCCGGAUGGCCUAAAGGGCACAAACCCUAGGACCUCAGAGAGGCAUAAAUAUGCCAAUCCAAAGGUUUGCAAUGUGGAGGACACUGGAAAAUGGUGUGCCUACCACCGCAAGAAUGAUCACAACACAGAGGAUUGCUACACUCUGAAGAAUGAGAUGGCGAGGCUAAUCCGACGGGGCCAUCUGAAGAAGUUUGUACAAGAUGGUGACGCGGGAAAUUCUAGGAACGCUCAGAAUGGGAAGCGUAGAGAUAAGAAGGUGGCCCAGGCCGAGGCCCGGGAAAAACGCCACAUCGGGCUUGAAGAUGAAGAAGAGGACUCUGAGUCCGCACUGCACCGCCAGAAGAGACAUCAGGGUGUAACUUCAUCAUUGGAGGGAAUACUGGCUGAGACUCGGCUACGAGCCGGAAGAAGUGGGCCAACCCAGCAAUGGUCAAUAAGGUGCUGGCUCAGAAGGGAUGCCCUGGUGAUCACGAUUGAUAUAAUGGACUUACUGAUCCACAAAACUCUAGUGGAUACUGGAUGUUCUGGUAAUAUCAUGUAUAUGGAUACUUACAAGGCUCUUGGUCUGACAAGAGAUGAGUUGUCACCUAUUAAGACUCCGCUGACCGGGUUCACUAGCGACUCUAUUGAGCCAGAGGGGGCAACCAAACAGCCUAUUAAAUACGACACCCAAGUGGGGGAGGUGACUGCACAGCUCUUAAGGGCCAAGGAGAGACGUCCCAGAGUAGAAGUUGCCAGCGACAUUGAAGAAGUAGAACUGGAGUCGGGCACGCCGGGGAGGUUGGUCAGAAUUGGAAAGGGCCUGGGGGCUGAACUCAGGACGCGUCCAUCGAUCAAAGGGCAGGCACUCGCCGACUUUCAGGUUGAGUGUACUGCCAGGGAGAUGACAAGAGCCUGGGCUGAGACCCGGGUAGAAGAUGACUGGUGGGUAAUGAGCAUUAACGGAUCUUCUGGGUCCCGAUCCUGUGGAGCAGGUAUUGUCUUGAUCACCGCGGAAAGCUUCCAGAUUUAUUACGCUAUCAGAUUUCAGUUCCGCGUGUCCAACAAUGAAGCUGAAUAUGAGGCCCUAAUUAAUGGACUGAGAAUUCUCGGCAAGCCGGAGUAUACAGAGUUCAGGUAUACAGCGACUCCCGCUUGAUCGUAGGACAAAUCACUGGGGAGUUUGAAGCAAAGGAAGAAAGGAUGAAGAGAUAUCGAACCUUGUCCUUGGAAAUGUUGGGAAGGUUCGAGUUUAAGCUUGAACACAUACCCCGGGCGCAAAACGCGGAAGCUGAUGUUCUGUCCAAACUCAGUGCAAAAUCACCAGAAUAUAUAAGUAAAUUAGUAACGGUCGA